AUGGUGUUAACUUGGAAGCCUUGGUCUGUUGGGGAGAUAGUUUGUGUGGAGGACCAUGGUCCUGAACUGUUCCCUCUGCUCAAGGUGUCCCCUCCAAUUCCAGUGGGCCGCCUGGCGGGGCGAUUCAAAGUGCAAAUUUGGCGAGCAAGCCCUGAGCACAAGCUGAAUCUCAUUGUUGGGCCCGGUUCCCAAAGCGAUGUGGUGGUAAUGCUCGAUGCAAGUCAUUUGGGCAUUUACUCCGGCGACGAGGUGCUGAGCGUCAAUGAUAUAUCAGUGCAGAAUUUUCGGCAUUUCGCCGACAUUCUCGACUCGUGUGGACACGAUUUAGAGAUCCAGUUCUACCACAAGGAGGACUUUUUGGAGAUGUGCUGUGGGCCCGCCAUUUGCGUCCCACAAACGAUGCCAGUGCAGGAAGCUCAGCGCUUUGGUCCCAAGUGUCGCGCUGAGUCCUGGACGCAGCGAGAGGUCCUUAGCGCCUCCACGGCUACGUCCCUUGAGCGUGCCAUCUUCCGACUUCAGAUGCAGCGCACAUCCAUGAAGCAGCCUUUCGGCCUUCCUCUGGGAGUGGUCAGCAUGCCAGCCGAGCCCUCUGAGCCCUCGAACGUCGCCUCCGAGGACAUCCUGUUGACCGCUCCCAAAUGCCACCGGCUUUGCGUCACGGAGAGCUUUUGGUCUGACCGGGAUGUCUCAGAUGAUGUUGAUGGUACGCAUUGUGCGGAGGAGGAAGAAGAGGUCAGUCAGGACCACCCAGCAAGCCUGCGAGGGCCUGUGGUCGUUUUGCAGGCUGUGCCUUUGCUUGGCCUGUAUGCCGGUGACGAGUUGCUCAGGAUAAACGGAGAAGACAUAUCGGAUCUUUGUGCUUGCAAGGCUGCGAUGAAGUCUGCCAUCAAUUUGAGCCUGGAGUUUCGAAGACCGGACUUCGUCCCUCGAAAUUUUUCUGGCGCAGAGGUGGAGUCGCCGGCCCUGAGAUUGAAAACCUCUCGGAGGAGUGAUGACUGGCAUUCUGCAAGCUCGACCAAAGACUGCAGCCGUGAAGCGGCGGAGGAGAGUUGGUUCCAGAGCUUGCUUUUGAAGAUGAGUUGUAACGAUGUUGCCCGACAAGCGGCAGAAAACGCCGUGCUAGAAGUGCACAGGAGUUUCGAUGCGAAAGACCUCCGGGACGCAGUCACGAUUUGA